CAGUUCGCCUGCUAAAAUUUAUCAAGUUUGCAUACUAUAAAAUCGCAACAAUUAUGAAAAUUCCCGAUUAAAAAUUGCAGCUCGUGAGUUUUCGAAUACAAAAUCACUCAGUGUGCAUGAGCACAACGUUCAUCUAGUCAAAUUGGAAGAACCGAAAUACGAAUGCGGCAUAUGUAAGCGCAAAUGCUAUCAGCAAAAAGAUCUUAGUUCUCAUAUGCAGCGAGUGCACCUGGCGGAACGCAAGCACGUUUGCAACAUAUGCGGUAAUGCAUUUAAGAGCGGCUGGCAAUUGACCGCACACAAGAUGUUGCAUGACGAAGACAAGUCUUUUGAGUGUUUUCACUGUCAACGUAAAUAUACUCGACAAGCUGAUUUAAAUGUGCAUAUACGCACGCACACCGGAGAACUGCCGUACGCUUGUCACUUAUGUGAUAAACGUUUUGCAAUUAAAGUGCGGCUAACAUACCACCUGCAACGGCAUGAGGGCGUCAAGCAUCCGUGCACCUAUUGUGGUAUUCUGUACGAUAAUCGCAAUCAACUGAAGGAACAUCUUUUCAAACACACCGGCAUGCCCUAUCGCUGCGAAUUGUGUCCCGAUGUUGGAUUCACCCGCCGCUUACGAUUUGCAAACCAUAUGCAGCGCGCACAUAAUCUGAAUUUGAGUGCAGAUGAAUUGGCCGCCGUUUUUGCCAAGUAUACGGGGAAGGCGAUACAUUUCAACUCCACCUUCAAGGCGCAGGACAACGAAGACUCGCAGACAUUAGCCGACUUCAUUGUAGAUGAAACUAAAGAUUCAUGAAGAAAUUAAGUAUAAAUGUAACAUGCUAAAACAAUUUUAAGAUUAGUACAUAUGUACAUACAUAUAG